AUGGCCUUACGCCCAGCUGCGCUGGCGCUGAGCGCGGCCAGCCCGCUGCUCCUCCGGCGUGCGGUGAUGCAGCCCGCGACGAUGCAGUCUGUAUUCCGCCUUGCGACGGCUUCCGCUCUGUCCGCUCGCCCGGUGGUCCCCUUCACGAGAACUCCCGGUCUGGGACUCGCCCUUCAGCAACACCAGCAACGCCUCUUCGGAACGAACCAACCCAUCUCGCGCAACCUCCUCGCCAGCCGGGAGGCCGCGGCCAACAGGAACCCCGGCAGCGCCACCGCGCAGAACGCAUUCUACCAGCUCCUCCUCAAGGCCAACAUGCCCGCCAUCGUCAUCGAGCGCUACAACUCGGGCCGAUUCGCGAGGAACGAGGCGGUGGACCAGGCAUACGCGCAGGCGAUCGGAAUGCAGAGCACGGCGGCCGUCGGGGGCCACGACCACCUGCCCUCCGCCUUUGGCAACGUCGGCGCCGUCGGCGGCCAAGAGCCGGGCCAGCAAUCCCCCGCGGGCAACCUGUCCCCGGCUCAGCUGCAGGCUGUGGGUCAGGCGCUUGCUGCGAGGUCGCGCGAUUCGAACAUGGCCACUUCCGUUCAAGGCAAUGGGCAGACCGGCCCGCUCCACGUCGUCGUCGAUGAGCCGUUUGGUGGCGUCGUCUUCCGCUGGGUCAAGUUCAUCCUUUGGUUCUGUCUCUUUACGUAUAUCAGCUUGAUUCUCGUCACGUUGCUGAUCGAGACUCUCCAACUCUUCAGGCGGCCCGGCGGCAAGGUCGACAGCGAGGCCAAGGCGGAGAACCAAACCACGCGAUUUGCGGACGUGCACGGCGCCGACGAGGCCAAGGACGAGCUCCAGGAGCUGGUGGACUUUUUGCGCAACCCGGACAAGUUCUCUACGCUCGGCGGAAAGCUCCCCAAGGGUAUCCUCAUGGUCGGCCCCCCCGGUACCGGCAAAACCCUGCUGGCCCGCGCCGUCGCGGGCGAGGCUGGCGUUCCCUUCUUCUACAUGUCUGGCAGCGAGUUCGACGAGGUCUACGUCGGCGUUGGUGCCAAGCGCGUCCGCGAUCUCUUUGCGUCGGCCAAGUCCAAGUCUCCCGCCAUCAUCUUCAUCGACGAGCUCGACGCCAUCGGUGGACGCCGUAACACCAGGGAUGCCGCCUACCACAAGCAGACGCUCAACCAGCUGUUGACCGAGUUGGACGGUUUCGAGCAGAACAGCGGCGUUGUCAUCAUCGCGGCGACCAACUUCCCGGAACUUCUCGACAAGGCUCUCACCCGACCCGGACGUUUCGACCGCCACGUCACCGUUCCCCUGCCCGACGUCCGCGGCCGCAUCGAAAUCCUCAAGUACCACGCCAAGAAGGUCAAGGCUGCCCCUGAGAUCAACUUCGAGGCCAUUGCCGCCAGCACCGGAGGUCUCUCUGGCGCCGAGCUCGAGAACAUUGUCAACCAGGCUGCCGUUCGCGCCAGCAGACUCAAGGCUGCCGCCGUCAGCAUGGCGGACUUCGAGUGGGCCAAGGACAAGGUCAUCAUGGGUGCCGAGCGCAAGAACAUGGUCAUUGGCGAGACGGAGAAGGAGAUGACGGCUUACCACGAGGCCGGCCACGCUCUCGUGUCCUUCUACCACGAGAGCGGCCCCAACAAGCUCUACAAGGUUACCAUUCUCCCCCGAGGCCAAAGUCUCGGACACACGGCCCACCUUCCCGAGAUGGACAAGUACUCUUACACGACUAGAGAUCUCAAGAGUUUGAUCGAGACUUCUCUGGGCGGAAAGCUCGCCGAAGAGAUCGUCUAUGGCACCGACAAGGUGACGACGGGUGUCUCGAGUGACCUCAAGAACGCCACCAGUCUCGCCUACCAGAUGGUCGCUCUCUACGGCAUGUCUGCCAAGCUUGGCCCUGUAGAGUACGGCGAGCGCUACGACAAGCUCAGCGGGGAGACCAAGGCCCUAAUCGAGUCGGAGGUGCAGCGCACUCUGACCGAGUCGUACGAGAAGGUCCGCGUGCUGCUCACGAAUAAGCGCAAGGAGCUUGAUCUCCUCGCCAAGGCACUUGUAGAGUACGAGACCUUGGACAAGAACGAGGUGGAGAAGGUGAUCCGCGGCGAGAAGCUUCCUGGCCGUAAGCCCAUCCCCAAGGGCCCGAUGAAGGUGCCUGCGAGCGCCGCCGUCAACAUCGGCCAGAAGUUCCCCCCGUCCCCUGAAGCGGGCGAAGGCUCAGCCGUGCCUCCUCCCUCGCCGCCGCCGCCAUCUGCGUCUGCGGGGGGCAUCGCUCCUGGGUCGGACCGGAAAUCAUGA